UACUUGUUUUCAGAAAGUGACGCGUCAGACAAGAGAGACUACCUCCGCUUUGGCCGCAGCACUGACGGCAGUUUCCUGCGCUUUGGCCGAGACGCUCAACAGAACGGUGACAGCACCAGCGAUGACGUCAAUGACGACCUAAAACGGGACCCCAUUAUGCGGUUUGGAAGAGGGGAUGGUUUCCUCCGAUUCGGCAAAGGGGAUCCGUUUAUCCGGUUCGGGAAAAGAAGAGGAGAUCCGUUUAUUCGAAUCGGGAGAGGCGACCCCUUUAUCCGUUUCGGAAAAAGAGAUUCGGAUGCUAGUGGUGGACAAACAGAUAAGCGGCAAGACCCUAUCAUCCGAUUCGGAAGAGGGGAUCCGUUUAUCCGAUUUGGCAGAGGGGACCCCUUUAUAAGGUUUGGCAGAGGGGACCCCUUUAUCCGGUUUGGAAAAAGGCAGGACCCUUUUAUCAGAUUCGGCAGGGGAGACCCAUUUAUCCGAUUUGGAAAGAGGCAGGACCCUUUUAUCAGAUUCGGUAGAGGCGACCCAUUUAUCAGAUUUGGUAGAGGGGACCCCUUCAUUCGAUUUGGUCGAGGCGAUCCAUUCAUCCGAUUUGGCAAAAGAGGAGCAGACAGCGAAGAAGGUGUCGGUGAAGGAGAAGCCUUGUCGAGGACAGCCAGAUCGACAGAAACGACACAGGAACGAGCCAACUCUCGUCAAAUACGCAGUGCAGACGCCAACAAACGAUUCAUGAGGUUCGGCCGCUCCGCCACUUCCGCUUUUGUGACCCAGCAGGAGGCUGAGGUCAAGGACGCAGUGAGGAAAAGGUCAGUCGAGAACUUGGACAACGAGGUCAAACGAGCGAUGUGGAGCAACAACCAACAGAUGACGCGAUUGUCCAAAAGAGGUCACCCAGAGUUCAUGCGAUUUGGGCGGAGUCAAGGAGACGAGACAGAGGACGACGAAAUUGGCGGAGAUGACGUCAUCAGUUUGGGGGAAGGUCUAGCACAGAGGGUGCGCCGGGUGUACGAAGACAGGAGCUCACUGCCACGAUUUGGGAAGAGGCAGGAGGUGGAGGAGGAGGAGGAGGAGGACGUUGGGAAGGAAAAGAGACAGAAGUACAUGCGUUUUGGAAGACGGAGUGAUCCAGAGCAGCAGGCGUCAGCGGAAGUGGGCGGGGCGGAAGUCCCAGACAGUGUGCUCUCUGCCAUGUAGUCACGUGCUCACUGGGAGGAUAGGAUGCACGCACAACACGCUCUUUGGACGUAUUAUUGCAGCCCGCAGCACAACAUUUUUAUUGUAAUAUUCCAGUGUCUGAGAUAUUAUGCAGCGGUCUUGACACUUAAAGUUCAUUUUUUUUGGUCCAACACAAUAAUGUUUAUGCUAGGAGACAAAUAUCUGUAAGCUGAUUCGUUUAAUUCCAAUAGAAAAAAAAAGAAUGGCUGAAAGAAGAAUACGAAAAUGUCCCUUGAAAGGUCUAGCAUUGUUCUGAUAAACAACCAAUUGUGAAUGAUGACGUAACAAACA